AUGGGAUUCAUGGACAGGUUCAACAAAUGGACUAUGCGGCAGCAGCUGCAAGUCGCAUUCGUGGUCACCUCCUUUCUGCUAGUUGGCAUUCUUAUUUUAAUUACAAGGCUGCAGCUCGAUUGGCUUAAAAAUCAGAUGAUCGAUAGAUCUGAUACAGUCGUCAUAGACUCUUUACGAGACCAAAUGCGUGACCUCGGCAGAGAAAAAGCAGCUUUUAUAGAGCGAGAAUUAGAAAAUACAAUGAAUUACGUCAAAGUUCUAAGAGAUAUCGAUAUGAUUCUUCUAGGCUUCAAUAGUUAUACAAAGGCUCCAAUUGCUUUGACUGCGACCGAAACAGGAGUAUGAAAUUAUGAUAUUCCUGCAUCUCAGAUUGUAGAUGUCAAUGGGACGUCCUAUACCUAUGCUACUGGUGUUUUUCUAUCAAAAUACUCUGAUGAUAUGAGCACUGAAGGAACAGCUCUAAUGAAAGCCCAACAUGCCAUGGACAAAAUUUUCCCUCACAUAUGAAGAACAGAGUACUCAGGAAUUUACUUUGGAUUUGAAAUUGAAGAGCUCUUCCAUUACUACCCAGGCUAUAAAAACUCUGACCAAAGCUACACCCCACUGGUAAGAGAAUGGUACUAUAAAGCAGCCAAUAAAACGGACGGGUCCGUUAUUAUAACAGAGCCAUAUACAGACGCUGAUUCUGGUGUAUGGAUGAUUACGUCAUCUUGUGCACUUAUAGUAAAUAGCUCAGUCUAUGGGGUAGCAGGCGCAGAUUUAAGCUUGGCUUAUUUGUCGACUGAAAUAAAUAAUGUAGUUAUAUUAGACAGCGGCUUUAUGAUGCUGGUUUCUUCUGAAGGGAUGAUUAUUUGUAUGCCAGACUCUUGGUCAUAUUUAGGGACAUCUAUAAGAAUUUAUGACGAAACUAAGACUGGGAUCAGUCUGAAUACUUGGAAUUCACUGAUUUCAGGGUCUGAUGAUGAACUUCAGACUUUUUAUGAUAUUAAUGGGACUGAGUAUUAUACAAUUGUAACUCCUGUUAUACCUGAAGGGUUUACGAAAGCGUCGCAUUAUUUAUUAACUUGUGCAUAUCGUACGGAGGCGAGAGAGCCAAUUUCCCAUAUGAAAGAUAAAUAUGAUAUUUUUAAUAAUAAAAAAUAAUAUAUAAAAAAAUUGGCAGAGGAGGCAAUUUUUCUAGAAAAAUCAAAAAACAAUCAUAUAAGAAUAAUCAUUAUUUUAUUUAUAGCAGAAUACUACGUAUUGGACUAUUUUUUGGAUUGUUAUUGCUAUCGCUAUUAUCACAUUUUUAAUUAUCGUCGUUUUAAUUUAUUUCGUAACCCGAAAAGUCAGCUCCCAGCUCAAAGAAAUUGAACGAGUUUUUACUAAACUGACUCAUAGAGGACUUUUCCCUGACAUAACUAAAGGAAUUAAUCUUGAAAAAAUAGAAAAAGCCGAAAGCUCUAUGCCGGGGCUGGUCCAAGCCUGCAUACAAAAAAUUGACUCAAUUCAGAAAAAAGAAGAAUCGUUUUAUUUCUUCGAGUGGGGGUCAACCAGACCAUCUGAUGAGCUGAUUUUUGAAGACUGGUGCAGCAAGAUUUAUCCGUUUAACUUGUAUCAUGAUAAGGAUAUGUCGUGGAGAGCUACAAUUCCGAACCUCACAAAGGUGGUGGCGAAUAAACCAACUAAUAAGUAA